AUGUCUCUUCUCGGCAAGAAGUUCCCGGCGCCCGUCGCCAAGCCAAUGGCUCCUUUCUACGCUGCCGGCGCCAUCAUCUUCUACGGCAUUGCUUCCUUUGCUGAUGCCCUCGCCAACACCGACGAGUACAAGAACGACCCCCGCAACCCCGCUGCCAAGACGCAGAAGCCUGCCGGACACUAA